AUUGUAUUUGUAUUCGCGUUACUCUUUUGAGUCUUGGCCUGAUCCAUACGCCACGGCGUCUCUCCUCGCCGGACCGACCCAAAUAGCCGACUUCAAACAACUCUACAAUUCUGAAUCAAUUGAAGACUGAAAAAUCAUAUACGAAGCUCACAGUCACUGCGCAUCGAUAAGAAAUGUCGUUCGACUUGCUAUUGAAGCCGUCGUGUAGUGGUUGUGGAUCGACGGAGGGUCUGUACGGAAGCAAUUGCAAGCACAUGACCCUGUGCUUGCCGUGUGGCAAAACCAUGGCAGAGAACCGUGGUAAAUGCUUCGAAUGCGGUGCCACCAUCACUCGCUUGAUUCGGGAAUACAAUGUUCGGGCAUGUUCCAGCAGCGACAAAAACUACUUCAUUGGUAGGUUUAUGACAGGUUUACCAAAUUUUUCAAGGAAGCAGAAUGCUGAUAAUAAGUGGUCUCUCCAGAAAGAAGGAUUACAAGGCCGCCAACUGACUGAUGCCUGGCGGGAGAGAUACAAGAAUAAGCCUUGGCUAUUGGAGGAUGAAAUGGGAUCUCAGUACCAGGGUCACCUUGAGGGCUCACAGUCAGCAACUUACUAUCUACUAAUGCAGCAGGGAAAGGACUUUGUUGCUAUUCCUGCAGGAUCUUGGUACAAUUUUAACAAAGUUGCACAAUAUAAGCAACUUACCUUGGAGGAAGCUGAAGAGAAAAUGAAAAAUAGAAGGAAAACUGCAGAUGGGUAUGAACGAUGGAUGAUGAAAGCAGCAAAUAAUGGAGCUGCAGCAUUUGGUGAAGUUGAGAAGUUUGACGACAAGGAAACUGGAGUUAGUGGUGGAAGGGGACGUAAAAAACCUAGUGAUGAUGAUGAUGAAGAAGCCAAUGUCUCAGAUAGGGGGGAGGAAGAUGAAGAAGAGGAGGCAGCAAGAAAAAAUAGGCUUGGAAUGAAGCAAAGAAGUGGUGAUGAUGAUGAAGAAGGUCCAAGAGGAGGUGAUCUUGACUUGGAUGAUGAUGACAUCGAAAAGGGUGAUGAUUGGGAGCAUGAGGAAAUCUUUACUGAUGAUGAUGAGGCUGUGGGUAAUGAUCCUGAGGAACGAGAAGAUUUAGCCCCAGAAAUUCCUGCCCCUCCGGAAAUUAAGGAGGAUGAAGAGGACGAGAAUGAAAAUAAUGAAGAGGAAGGAGGACUGAGCCAAUCAGGGAAAGAGUUGAAGAAACUGCUGGGGAAAGCCAGUGGUUUGAAUGACUCAGAUGCAGAGGAUGACGAUGAAGAUGAUGAUAUGGAGGAUGAUGUUGGCCUAUCUCCUGUACUGGCUCCUAAUCAGAAAGAUGCUCCAAAAGAAGAACCUGUUGAUAACAGUCCUUUAAAAACAGCUGCUUCAGGAUCUACUCGGGGAACCCCAACUCCUUCCAAAUCUGCGAAGGGGAAGCGGAAAAUGAAUGGAGAUGAUGCAAAAGCUAGUAAUGUUGCACCUCCAAAGAAAGCGAAGACUGAAAAUGAGGUGAAACCUGCAAAGGAUGACACCGUGCCUACUUCAAAAAGUAGUGCAUCUUCAAAAGUUGCACCACCUUCAUCUUCGAAGACUGCAUCAGCACCUUCUGCUGGACCUGUCACAGAAGAUGAAAUCAGGGCUGUGCUGUUACAAAAGACUCCCGUGACCACACAGGAUCUUGUUGCUAAGUUUAGAUCAAGAUUAAAAUGCAAAGAGGAUAAGGAUGCUUUUGCUGCCAUACUGAGGAGAAUUUCCAAGAUUCAAAAGACUAACGGGCCUAACUAUGUCGUACUGAGAGGCAAAUGAUUUCAGAGUUAAGAUGUCAGACAGUUGUGCAGGAGUACGAUCAUCUCUCUCUCUCUCAACUGCAGUAGCAUGUGCAAACGCAUUAUAUUUUGUUGAUGUAAACUCGGAGCUCAUCUCUGGAAUUGUGACUGCGACACAGAAAAUAGAUUUUGCAGGGGUAACGUAACAUGUCUAAUAUAGCUAAGUAGAUUCUCAACCGUAUCAUGUCAAUAAACUACUGCUGCUUCCUUUCAUUCUCGAUGAAAUUGAUGUCUCGUAUUGAACGCUCACUUCACUUCAAUGGCUGAACUGUCUUCUUUAUUAAAAUGGUUUUCUUUUCUUCC